AUGGGGAGUAUCCCACCUUCCUUGGGGAACUUGUCAUCGCUGGAGGAACUUUCUUUCAUGAUGAAUGGAUUAUCUGGGAUCAUACCUGAAGCUCUUGGACAACUGAAAAAUCUUUCAUAUUUCUCGGUUGGAGGAAACAAUAUAUCUGGUUUUGUUCUAUCACAAUUGAACUUAAUCUCUGGAAAAAUCCCGAUUUCGUUAAGCAAUGCCUCAAAUUUGAAUGUACUUAGUGGGAAUGUUCCUUCGUUUGAAAAGCUGGAAAAGCUGUCUAUAUUCUUCCUUGAUAGAAACCAUUUGGGGCACGGGAGAGAAGGUGACUUGCACUUUAUCUGCACUUUGGUCAAUAAUACCAAACUAGAAAGUCUAAAUAUAGGUGAAAACAGUUUCGGUGGGUCAUUUCCUGAAUGCAUCAGUAAUUUUUCUAACACCCUUUCACGUUUGGUAAUAGAAGAUAACAAAAUAUGGGGAAGAAUUCCGGAUGGAAUUGUAAACCUCAUGAGUUUGGAGGUACUAGGGGCAUCACAGAAUCAACUAUCAGGUCCCAUUCCAUUUGAUAUUGGGAGGCUAAAGAAUAUGAAACUAUUUUUCACUCGUAGUAAUUUUCUUUCUGGAUCUAUACCUGGUUCCAUUGGAAAUUUAACAGGAUUGAUUCAACUUGGUUUAGGUCUUAACAACCUUCAGGGCAACAUUCCUUGGAGCCUAGGUGAGUGUCAAAAUUUGCUCGGAAUAGAUCUUUCUCAUAACAAUCUUAGUGGACCUAUCCCCACUCAAGUACUUGGACUCUCAUCCUUGUCCCUUGGACUAGACUUGUCAUCAAAUUAUUUGACUGGUGAACUUCCUGCUGAAGUAGGAAAUCUAAAAAAUGUAGGUAAACUCUAUGUUUAUCGAAAUAGGUUAUCUGGUUUGCUUCCAAGCAACCUUGCUAGCUGUGUAAGUCUAGAGAAGCUGCUCUUGAAUGGCAAUUUGUUUGAAGGGUCCGUUCCUUUAUCUUUGAGUUCAUUAAGAGGUCUUGUGGCAUUGGAUAUAUCAGACAAUAAUCUUUCAGGUCGGAUUCCAGAAUUUCUUGUGAACUUUAGAGAAUUGAAGUACUUGAAUCUCUCUUUCAAUGAUUUUGAGGGAGCGAUGCCAAGUGAAGGAGUGUUUAAGAAUGCAAGUGCUACAUUCGUUGCGGGGAAUAAUAAGCUUUGUGGAGGCAUCCCAGAGUUGCACCUAUCAAGAUGUAACCUGAAAACAUCAUCAAACAGUUCUGUCAGAUUAAAAAUUGCAAUUGUUGUUGUGAUUCUAGGAGUGACUUUGGUAUCCUCUUUCCUCAUGAUCUUGUGGUUUAGAAGGAAGAAGGGGCUGCAGCGAACAAUGGCUUGUGAAGAAACUUCGCUUUUACAGUUAUCAUACCAAAGCAUUGUAAGGGCUACUGAUGGAUUCUCCAUGCAAAAUUUGAUUGGCUCGGGAAGUUUUGGUUCUGUAUACAAAGGAAUCCUUGAAGUAAAUGGAGCAACUAUUGCAGUAAAGGUGUUGGAUCUUCUGAAUCCUGGAGCAUCCAGGAGUUUCUUAGCUGAAUGUGAGGCCUUGAAGAACAUCCGACAUCGAAAUCUUGUCAAGGUAUUAACAGCCAUUUCCGGUGUAGAUUAUCAAGGCAAUGAUUUUAAAGCCUUGGUUUAUGAGUUCAUGACAAACGGAAGCUUGGAGGACUGGCUGUAUCCUUCUGUCCACAUGAUGAAUGAGCAGGAUACAAUGAAGAGCUUGAACUUUUUCCAAAGAGUUAAUGUGGCCAUUGAUGUUGCUCAUGCACUGGAGUAUCUUCACCAUCGUUGCGGAACAUUGAUAAUUCAUUGCGAUCUCAAACCAAGCAAUAUUCUACUCGACGAGGAAAUGGUUGGCUAUAUAAGUGAUUUCGGUUUAGCAAAAAUCCUUUCUGCAGAUAAGCAUAACUCUUCAAAUAAUUGGUCAAGCUCCAUUGGCUUUAGAGGAACAAUUGGUUAUGCUCCACCAGAAUAUGGCAUGGGAAGCAAUCUGUCAACAAAAGGAGAUGUGUAUAGUUAUGGCAUCCUCGUGCUAGAGAUGUUUACGGGAAAAAGACCGACCGAUGAAACGUUCAAAGAAGAUUCAAACCUUCAUAAUUUUGUCAAGGCAGCUUUUCCAGAACGAGUAGCUGAGAUUACAGAUCCCAUUCUUGUUCAGGAAAGAGUCGAACAUCUUCGAUGCUUGAAUUCGAUAUUCGAAAUAGGACUCACUUGUUCUGCUGAAUCACCAAGGUCUACACGUUUAUCCAAAAAGCACUCUGCUUUGAGGAGAGAGAAUAAAUAUGGAAUAUUUUGA